AUCAAGAGGAGCGAAGGUGGAAAAGUUAGAUGCGUGGAAUCUGAUUAAAUUCAGUCGAAUUUUAGAUAGUGCAAAGCCUUACCGAGCGGAUAGUAACAUCAUCAAUUUUUGAUAAGCUGCGUUCUAUAGAUUAGCAGGAUGAGUGACAAACAGCGAGAACAGCAAUCGCAACCGCGACAAACUGGUUUUGCAGCACUGAAAGAGCAUGUCUUGGAAAACAAACUGGAAACGACGCAAUGGGUGUCCCGCGUGCUAACCAUUUACUUUGCUCUAGGAUACGUAUUACCAUUCCUCUACGGAAACCCCGUGAAUGCAUACUACAAAGUAUUGAUGGCAAAUGCUGCCACCAGCGCUAUAAGGUUACACCAACGUUUGCCACCGUUUACGCUGUCACGGGCCUAUUUGAGUCAAAUGAUGAUGGAGGACUCCUGCCACUAUCUAUUGUUCUCCCUUAUAUUCCUUAAUGUAUACCAGAUGUUUCUUAUCAUCCUGCCCAUCGUCCUUUUUGCAGUGCUUCAUUCGACGAGUUAUUCCCUAACUUUGCUUGAUACACUGGGCCAAAAUUCUUGGUGGGGAGCUCGUCUCUUGAUAUCGGUGGUUGAAUUUCAAACGCGUAAUAUCCUUAGAUUGGCAGCAUUCUGUGAAAUUUUCAUCAUGCCACUGUCGGUUUUGCUUGUUUUCUGGGGCAAAGCGAGCAUUGUGACGCCUUUGGUAUACUACCAGUUUCUGGCGCAACGCUACGCAUCUCGGCGUAAUCCAUACACACGAAAUGUGUUCUAUGAGCUGCGAUUGAUGGCGGACAAUUUUGCUAACGGCACAUCCACGCCUCCUGUUUUGCGCAAGGCUCUGCACACGUGCAUUGGUUUCAUUAGUAGGUUAGCACCACCAACGCACCCAGUUCAGCAGCAGCCGCAACAGCAGCAGCAAUAAAAGACACAACUAAUCAUAUGAAUUCUACGUUGUUUUGCACCACCUUCGUAUACAUGAACACGCAUUAAAGAUCGAACGUUACGGUCAUGGAUAGGUGUCUUGCUUUCAACCUAGAUGUUGAAUGCUUUCCACAUGAGGAAUCACAAUGUUGUAGUGUGUCUGUUUUAAUUCUCAGAAAAUAAUUCUGGGUGUUAUACUUGCACAUAAUGGCACCUCCCGCGUUUGGAUAUAUAUCUAUGGCGUUGAAGGGUCACACAUCCACUCAUCUGCAUCGCAUCAUAGUGGUUUUCUUCAAUUUGUUCCGUUCAUUUUCCCAUAUUCAUUUAAUUAAACAACACAAUCAAGAGCAGUUUGUGGAUUACUAUCUGUGUUUAGGGUGACUUUAAUCGUAAAAAAAGCGGAUAUGGAAAUAAAACUGUCACAA